AUGUGGUCAUCAUCCAAAGAUGACGUACUGAACGUAAGAGUUGAAAAAGGAAAAAGGCCAAGGCUAAAGAUUAGUGAGGACAAAAAGACGAUACAGCAUGAACGAAAGCCGGAGUUGAUUAUCUAUGCGUCAGCUCUGAGUCAUGAGAAGGAUAUCAAAAUACAAGUUAAAGAGAUGAACACACGAAUCCAUCAGAUUGGAAUAGCAGGUCCAAAUUUGGAUGUGGUCGGAGCAUUACGAGUCAGUUGGCUCAACCUUGAGGCUACUGUGGGAACCAUGCAUGUGAACGCGAAAGUUGUUGCAGAUCGUUUGUCGUUACAUGGUCAGAGCAUUGUCAUCGCUUCUGAAGCACUACUCAGUACCGAUAAAUUGACGGUGAUUGGUCGGAAACUACAAUUGGACGGGCGUUGCUUCCCAAACGAGAAUUCGAAGAACCGUGGAAUGAUCGUACAGUUUAAUUGUGGACUAGUACAUGUUGGUGUUGAUGGUUGCAUUGGCGAGUCAAAUGAAAGGGAGACGACUAGAACUACGAAGAAAGUUCAUCCUGUGCACAUCAUAUCGGAGUCUCUUAGCCUCACAAUCACCGGUUCACUUGCAAACUAUGGCAAAAUUUUGGCCUCAGAUCGGAUUGAUCUUCUCAUUGGCGGGAAUCUGUUAUCACUUUCAGAUGGAACAUUGGAUAGUGCUGGACGAGGUGGGCUUUCUUUGUAUUUUACAUGGUUCCUACAUUCUCUGUCUGGUUAUGAUGCUUUGAAGCAGAUUCGUGGAGUUCGGACUCGUAACGAUUGUAUUCCAAGUUCUACGAGUCUUCACUCAGCCAUUAAUUCGCAGAAUGCUGACGCCGUAGCCGACCUUAUUGAAAAGGGUGUCGACGUCAACGACAAAAUUUCCUCAAAAGUCCUCACUUUACGUCAAGCCGCUAUCGCACAAUGUCGUGAGAAACGUGAGCAGUCGAAAUUGAACCGUGUCCGGGAACGAAUAACCCUCAUAAAUGCACUGUUAGCUGUUCAUGACUGGCGACGUGGAAGCAUUCAAUCCCGAGCGAUUCGUGCCGUGGUCAACAAGAACUGUGACGAUUGUGCUCAGUUCAACGCCAGAGAGUUGCAAAUAAAGGUCGGUGGAUCGGCUACGGCUGAAGCAGAUUCGAUCUGGAGUAGUGCAUAUGUAGAAUUGGAUGUGGGCACAACGGUUGCAAUCGCAGGACAAGUAAAACUAACUUCGCUGUUUCUCACUGCUGGAAGCACUUUAACAACAACGGCAGACGCUAUCGUUGCACUUGAAAUGUUUGGUCGUUUUAACUGCGAAAGGUUCGACGCUCUGAAUUUACUGCUGAAAAAACUAGUAAAGUGGAGAUUUUUAUGUGAUGGUAUUUGGACAGUCGGUGAGAAUUUCGUGCUGGAUGUUCGUGGUGAUGUACGUUUUGGAACGAACUCCUACACUGAAACAGAAAAGAUGGAAAUGGUUUCUGGAUCGACAUGCCUCAUUGAUGGCUCAUGGCAAAUCGGUACAUGUUGGGUACUGAUUGAAUCAAAGCUCACCAUUGGAGCCGCAGCAAAACUCUUCAUUGAGGAUUCAGCAACUGUCGGAGCGCUCGGAUUAAUGUGCCACGGUUUCUGUAAUGUCGCUGAAACUUGCGACCUGCAGUUCAAGAACUCUGCUCACUUCUUUCACUCGUCCAAGCUCGAAUGUCGUACGUUGAAGAUAUCCUGCGAACUGCACUGUACCCUAGGUGGGGUUUGGAUCGCUGACACUAUGAUGGCCUAUGUACGUCACGAUCUUAUCACCACCUCUACCGGAAAGGCGGCUGUAUUCACGCAUGCGAACUUAACUGUUGGCUCAUUCCGCAAUGAUUCUUUAUGGCAGAUGGAAAAAGAUUGCCACAUUGUGGUAGGUUGCAUGGAACAAUCUGAGGAUGGUACAAUGUUCGUGAAACAAACGCUCAAGCUCUAUAUUCAUCGCGAUUCUGUUGGAUGCUUUGCUGGAAGGAUUGUUUGCAGCCGACUGGAUAUGAGGUACUUUGAUAAUAUAAAUUUUGCAACCGUUCUUUUAUUGUGUGUUACUAUUAUUUAUUCCAGAUGUCUUCGUCAAUGCCAAUACGAUGGCUACUUGAAAACGAACGACGCUGAAAUCUACCUACCGUACAUGUUUGAAUCACAACUAAUUGUGACAGGUCAUCUGGACAUCCUGGUAUCACCGUUGACACUAAAAGGAAAUAGUUCAUUCGUCGAUGCAACUCCAUCGGCAGCACAUCCAUUCCCUGCGUUUGUGCUCUCCGGACGCCUUAAUGCUUAUGCCAUUAUCGCACCUUUUUUGGCCGUCGAAUUCUCUCCAGAAUCGCUGGUCAAGCUUCGUGGUAUUUCAUCCACUACACCGGGUGCAGAAUUCAAUAUACUGGUAUCAGCUGGGGCUUUGGCUACGCGAAAGGGCAGUUCCCUACUUUCUAUUGGUGAAAAUCCUCGAGCAGAGGGGAUAAUUUGUGCGACGACAUUUUAUCACGAAGGUCAGAUUCGAUUCCAAGCUGAAGACGUGCACAUUUUGACGGGAGCGUUUUUGCAUAAAGGGAGGUUAACAAAUUGUGAGCACAAACAAAAUCACGUGAAACGGUGUCACUUUGUCGUGGAAGAGCUGUUCCUUAACGAAGGGACAUUGGCUUGCAAUGUGCUUGAAAUUGUUGGCGAAGGAGUACUAGAGAAUCGAAAUCGUAUCUUUGCUGUGGAUACUAUGAAUAUACGCCUGAAUGAUUUUACUAACAGUGAAGGGUUAAUAGAAUCGAAAAACUCUAUUAAAUUACUUUCUGCAACAAAAGAAUGGACAAAGCUUGGUGGGUCGAUCAAAGCGAAACGAAAUUUCGAUUUCUGUGCGCACAAGCUUGAUAUGGCUCUGAAUGAUGUUCACAAACUGAACACUGAGAAGAAGUUGUCGUUUUCAGCUAAGAGUGAUUUAAUUGUAUCUACCAAUAUCUGUGAUGAAGUGAAAGAAUUUGUCAUUGGAUGCGCUGCCCAGAAUUCUGUCUCUAUAAACUCGGUGAUGGAACUCGACCGACUAGAAGUACUUCUUGGCCAUAAUCAUUUGGAUGUUCCGGUGGAGUUUAAAAUUCUCAGCAAUGCUGAUGUAAAUGUAAACACUCUCAUCAUUAGUGGAAGUGCUAGCAGUCUGGUUAUAGUGCUUGAUGGACUGCUUCGUUGUAACCAUCUAAAAGUCGUAAACACCUUCGGAAGUGUAACCAUAUCAGGACAAGGCUCAUUGGACAGCCAGUUAAUAGCUGCCGAUGGAUCAGACUUAAACUUUAAUGUCUAUCAGAUUCUCUGCAUCAAUGAAGUACAUUGUCGCAAUCUUGGUGUACAGAAGGAUUCACUUUUAAGGCUCAAACCUUGCGACGAACAAGAACUUACAACGGUAUCGUGCGAAAAUAUGCUUAUUGAGGGCACGAUAUUUGUGGAACGCAAGCUGCUGCUGGUGUCUAAAAAAUCUGAUGCUUGUGAUCUGCAGAUUCAUGGUCCCAUAAUUGGUACUUCGUUCGAUAGCGAAGUCUCUAUAGAAAGCUCCCGUGUCUCCAUCUCGGGACAGCUGGCGAAUCUGAAACAUCUUGAGUUCUACGCUAGAGAUUCAUUGCAAUUCUCCAUGGCAAAACUGAAAAAUCUGAAAAGCGUUUCUAUUGACUGUGGAGAACUGAUUUUGAAUGCCAAUACCGAUUGCUGUGAGAAUCUAGUGAUUAACGCUGAUACGGCGAACUUUUCUGGAUCAUUCUGCGGCCCAAGUUCAUUUGAAGGGGUGUUAUCGGUGCAUUGUAAUUCCCUACAAUCAAAUAUGGAUGUCAGAAGUAUCGGCAAGCUGUAUCUCAACUGUAGAAGAACGGCAGUCGUGAGGGGAAAUAUUGAGAACGUUGAUGACUUCGAAAUAGAUUCGAAGUGGAUCAAUAAUCAUGCACUUGUACGGAGUUGUGUCAACGCCAAACUAACUGCGUGGUCUAUACACUGUUCUGGUUCAGUUGCAGUAAUAAGGCUUCGAAUGACUACACUAGCCAUAGUAUUUGUGAACGGUGACGUAACAGCUAGUGAGGUUGACAUCAAAGCUCCUUUUGUAGUCGCCGUUCAGCAAUCAUCUUCUCUAAUUGCUGAUAAAAUCGAGUUGAACACUCUUUGUCUGUGUACAAAUCAGGAUCUUAAAAUGACAGGAACCAACUAUUUGUGGUUCAUUUUUGAAGAAAUGCUCUGCCGACCGACUCUGACGCCGAUUCAAAUGAAUAAUUGGAAAGAAACUGCUAUGAUGAUGAAGGAUCGUUUCAGCAGUGCAACAAUCGACAUUGAUGAAAUGAUCGUCGGCCUCAAGUAUCUCAGCGAUCUUAAUGCUACGAAAAUAAAACUCGACACUGGAAACACAGUAUACAAGGACCUGUGCAAAAUGUCACGAAGAUUUGACACCAAUCCCAUCGGCCUCUUUAACAUAUCGGAUUUAGUGGCGCUGAUCUAUAGCGGGCGUACGAUGUUUAGUGUAUCCAACGCUAUUGAGAAAAAGGAAUGUUAUAAGAAGAAAAACAGAAACCAUGGGCAUAAGUCGUGUUUAGAUAGCUCACUAUACGAAGGGUUGGUGCAGUUCAAAUCUGCGAAAUAUAUCAAGGAGCCUCGUGGAUCUUCCGAUACUGAUAUAGGAUACGUAAGUAGAAGCUCAAGCGAAGAACUGGACAGGUCGAGGCGAGUUUCAAAGAAAUGUGUUAAAACUCACUUGUCCCCACGAGCGUCAGAUGUGCGAACUCUCUUCGCUGACAAUCAUCUAAGCGUGAUUGCUAAAAAACUGGAAAAGUUGGAAGCAACCGAUGUCACUGUCGAAGAGUUGAAUGCAUCAUUGCUCGAGCAAGAAGAAUUAGCAGAGUUCGAGCUCUUAGAACAAGAGAUUGAGGAUUGCAAAGAAGGUUUGGUGCGAACUGAUUAUAUUGUCUGUCGUAAUGAAAGAAUACAAUUGGCACGAAUUCGACAACAAGUCUACACCUCGCAGCCAUCUCGACCGAAACCUCGUUUUCCUAUUGUGCGAAUUCCAUCGUCAAACGAUUUAGUUAUGAAAAGAAUGCAGGUGAAAGCCACACUUUCCAAUCUCGAUCUGCGAUCGUUUGGAAGCGAAGCAUCAUUAUCGUCACUGGACCUUUCGUCUGUAGGCGAAUUUGGCACACCAAUGCAGUUCGAAUCGAGUCCAUUCCAGAGGUGCACCUGA